GGGGGACUGGAAAUGAUUUAAAUGUAUGCCAGGUAGAUCGAGCACCAGUUACACUUCACGUGGGCAGAUCUUGAAACGAAACGAAGAUGGCCAACAAAGUGUCACUCUUAACCCUUCUUGCAGUGGUCGUUGCAGUCUCUGGCUACGGAAAGGGGGGGAAUACUCAAUCCUGCAUCAAGUUCUGUGACAUCAUAUCCCCCGUGUGUGGCUCUGAUGGCAAAACUUAUGACAGCCGAUGUCACCUGGAGAAUGCAGCUUGUCGUGGUCUGCGUGUCACUUUCCACCAUGCCGGACCUUGCUAUCCUCCAAAUAGAUGCCCAAAACCAUGCCCCUUGAUCUACGAGCCUCUGUGCGGUACCAACGGUAAAACUUACUCGAACUACUGCGAGCUUCAGAAUGACAAAACCUGCAAUGGUAUUUACGUUUCCAAGAAGCAUGAUGGACCUUGUGUUCCCAAGAUUAUAAAGAAGGGAUAUUAAAGAGAACAGCCGGCGCCUUGAAGGAAUUUUCUUUCUUUUUUUGACAAUUCUUUUCUCUUUGGUAGAAAAUGAAUUUAAUUAUCAGUUUAAACUAAAUUGUAACACUUAUUUCGUAUAUGCACCAUAUGGUAAAUUUAAUCAGUUAUUGUAUUUAGUAACUUCACUGAAUAAAUGAAUCAACAAC